AGCUGCGUUCAUAGACAGAGUCGAGUGUGUUUGUAGAACGAAUACAUUAUUAGUGAGUUAUGCAAUCACGCUGCCAUCUCACCAUUUCAGUCCAAGUUCGAACAAUCGGUAAAUCAAGACAUCUAUGAUUUUCUUUAUUCUCAUCACCUGUCAAUUGGACCAUGUGUUAAUUUUGUAAGGAGAUAUUAUAAUUUGAUCAUUCUUGGGAAUAAAAGGCUGGCAAAGCCAGGAGACAAUACUAUCGAUAUACGCGUUGUUUUGCGGCAAUGUUAACAAAACUUUACAUUCAACUCUAUGAAAUGAUGCGUGCGAUUUAUUCAGGGGAAACAGAACUCGUUUUGAUUAACCUGUUCACGUUCUCUUCACAUGCAAAUUACAGAUGGCUUGUGUCGCAUCUUUCACGUUCAAAAUUACAAAGACAUGUCGAUUUCUCUAACCCUCUAUUUUUCGAACUUCCCGAUAACUCGAACCAAAAGUCAUUUCUCUCCCCUCAGUCGAAAGCUUUAAUUUUACACCCGAAUUCUCGAACUGGCCGAGUUUUCAAACCAAUUUUUGUUUGUCUUGGAGGAUGGAUAUAUCGGGAUUUCACUGUAGGUGUUAACUUUGCACUUUGAAGACGCGUGGAAUAGACUUUGAACCGACCUAAAAAUAAUUCUGAUUGGCUAGUUGCCCCGUGGAAAUCACGAAGUUCUUUUGACAAGUAACCAAGUAAGCAAAACAAAUCUAUUCGGUUACAAACAGUUGAGAUUUGGAUCCUCUAAUAUCUAUCGACGGCAAAAAAAGAGCCUCAUUUUGUUUAAAUUCUGGCGAAAAUGAUUUAACUUCACGUGCACAUAUACCACGUGACUGCGUUUCAAUAGAUUCACACCUCUGCGAUCAAUGGACCUAUUUAACAUUUCUCCUUCAAAUAAUUUUAUUCAUUUCUGCGAAAACUAAGUUUGUAACGCAAGUGAAGCGAUCUUUCUCAAAGAUAUUGGUGUAAAAUGGCAGAGAGUUCAAAGCAGUCAGCUGGAUUAGACAAGCAGCUUUUAGGCGCCAAAAACGAACCGGGAAAAGAGUCAAAACGUAAAAGGAAGAGAGGCAAAAAACCGACGCGAGCCCAGUCUAACGAAACUUUAGAGAGCCAGUUGAAAAAUCAGGAAAGCUUGGCUUGUGACGAGCAAAACGUUGCCGAUAAUAACAAAGACUCCAAGUUAAAUACUGAAGGAACAUCCCAAACGGUUUCAGCAAGCGACGCAAGUGGAACAUCGAACAUUUCAAAAGAAUUCAAUCCGUCGGACGAGAAAAUGACAAAAGAAGAGCAAACACAAGGGCACGGAAAACGUGACGAAUGUACGAACAAAGAUGUCCAGCAAGAUCUCGAAACGAUUCAAGAGCAGGGAAACGGGAAAGAAGAAUCUAACUCCGAACAAGCCAAACAAGAUCAUGCUAGCAACAGCAAGAAAGGCAAGCUUGCUUUUCACCGCUCUAAAAAAGUGAAAAUUUCGACGAGAAAGAGUUCUGCCGACGAAGACAAGCAUCCAUCAGAUCCAUCGGGUGAGACUACCGCAGUAAACAUCGUGAGUGUUGAGGGGAACACGAAAACUGCCGAAGAACAUGUGUCUAAAGCUGGCGGAGCAAACUUCGAAACUACAGACAACGAAAGCGAAGGCGCGUCAAAAUCUCCCGAGGCAACUCAAGAAAAGCCGCAAAGCAAGAAUAGCAAAGGAAAGAAAUUGAAGCAAUUAGCAAGCUUUGGUCGAAACAAAAAGAAAUACGAGAUAGCAUUCAAGUUAGACGAAACUUCUAACGAAACACACGAAGAAAACUCGGUUGAUACUCCAGGGAGAUUUAAACGAUCCCGGAGUACAAGCAGUCAACCUUUGCAGAAUACCGAAAUUGUCGACAAUGAGUCAAAAGAACCUGUUGCUGCCGCCAGCAGUGAUUUCAACAACGAAAAUACGAACGAUGGAAAAGAUGAAGGAACAGAAAUCGAGAAGAAAAGGGGUGGAAAGCAGAAGAAAAAAGGAUCGGUCCUUGGUUUUAAGCGGAGCAAAUCCCAGCCAAAGAGAAAACCAUCGGCAAGCGAAGAUGAACAAAACACUGAAGGCAAUCCAAGCAAAGAGAGUGAUGAUGUUAGCGCCACAGGAAGUGGACCAGUGGAAGAGAAUAAAGCUGGAUUUGAAGAAAGCAACGAAGAUUCCAAAGCAAAUGAAACAGAAGCAGCUGAUUUAAAAACAGAGGGAACGUCGGCUGCGGCCGCGGAGAUGACACAAGAAGUCUCUAACAAAGAAGAAACGAAGAACGCGAAAAGCAAGGAGACCGUCCCACCAACACAAGAAGAUUCCAACCAAGUUACACCAAAAAAAGAAAAGAAAGAAAAUAUUUUGCGUCGCCGCCUGAGGAAGUUGAAGUCUCCUGGUAAUAUUCUCCAAGGAAGGAAAACAUCACACGAAGAUGAAAAUUCCGUGGACGGUGCUGGUGAUGAGCAGGCGGAGGAGAGAGCAAGUUCUGAACUGGAACAAACCGCAGAAGAACAAACACCGAUAGCUGAGGAUAACGACGAAAAAGAGUGUUCUGGUAACGAAGGAACUUCAAAAGCAGUUAAAAGAAAGACAAGUGAUUUGAAGACUACCACUCGAACUUUGAAGAAAAAGAAAGAAGACGGCGAAAAUAUCAUAGAACUUGAAGGUAACGAGAAGCACUCCGAAACAGCGCUAGCAUUCAUGAAGGGAAAGGAUGACCAAAACAUAUACGAAGAAGUAAAUGUGUUAAGCGAUCUGAAAAGUUUCAAAGAAAUAAAAGACCUCACAGAAGUGAAAGAACAGAUCGACGAUGAAGUAAACAAAGAAAUGUCACAACAAAAGAGCGUUAUGGAGGAGCACGAAGAAAGCAAGCAAAGCAAAGUCGAUGAAGAUAUUUCGCGCGCGUCGCUCGCGCGUGAUGACAAUAAAACCGAAGAAGAAGUUUCCAAAGAAGCGCGAAGAAAGAACCAAAAACUAAUGCAAACAGUCAUUAAUGAGUUAACCGAGUUACUUAAAAAGAAGGAAGAAAAUAAAGCCCCAGAAAUUGAAAUACAAGUUGAAGAAAGAGAAGAACGCGCUAAGUUCAGCGAAAGGGAAAAUGCAGUUAGCGAAAAUCAGCAGUCAACGAGCGCACUUGAUGACACUGGGCCUGAACACGAACCCAACGAAGAAUCGUAUGAUUCGGAUGUGACGGUAGUAACGGUCAAACGAUUAUCGAGCUAUGAGUCAUUAGUGGAACACAAAACCGAACCAAAUACCGAAGACGAAGAAAUACGAGCCAUCGCUGAGGAAGUAUCUUCGGAAAGCGAGACAUCGCGAGGUACCGAGCCACCAGUUGAAAACGAAAGCAAACCGGAUACCAAAGACGAAGUACGAGCUGUCACCGAAGAAGUACCCUUGGAAACCAAAACACCACAAGUCACAGAGACACGAGAGGUCGAUGAAACCAAACCAAAUACCGAAGACAACGAAAUAGGCGCUAUCAUUGAAGUAACAUCUAAGGAAACUGAGUCAAUGGAACCAAAAUUGGAAAUGGCCAUCUCUGAGGAAGUGUCUUCGGAAGCCGAGGCACCACUGGAAUCCGAGUUACCAGUCCCAAACGAAACCAAACAAGAAACCGAAGAUGGAGAAAUAAAAAGCUUAACCGAAGAGGUAUCUUCCGGAACUGGAACUUCCGCAGCGAACAACGAAGAUUCGCAAGUUGACACAGUCCAUGUUCCCAAGGCUGAGGCCCGGGCAGAACACAAAACCGAACCAGGUACCGAAACCGAAGAAAUUCACGACAUCAAUGAAGCCGGCGAAACCUCGGAGACCGAACCAAAUCAGGAAGAUUCCACAGUCGAGGCAGUGAAUAUUAAACCUGGGGAAGUCGUGCCUGAAUCACGGGCAGAACACAAUACCAAACCAGACACUGAAGGUGAAGAAGUUAAAGACUUCACUGAUGCCGGCAAAUCUUCUGAAACCAAGACACCGAUAGAGAACAGAGCAGGUUCAAAAUUCAAAGGGCGUAUAGUGCAGGUGAAUGCUCUGAAAAACGAAUCGGAAGUCAGCGACGACAGCGAUGAGUUGGAAACCAUAACGAAGGCAAAUGAACUGGACGAAAGAAAAGAGGAAGAGGACGAAGGUGUUGGUCAAAGCAAAGAGGACAGCUGUUUAAUUGAGAGUACCCAGGCUCCCUCAUAUCAGAAUUCCGUGGAAGAAUGGAUCGUGGUACAUCGAGUGGACUUGACUGAGGAGAUUUCGCGCCAAAUUAAACACUCGCUGGUGUUUAACAGUCUGCGAAGAUCCUACACCUCCUGCUGUACGAUCAUGUGACUGUAAGAGGGAGAAACGCUCCGUGCUGAGCAGUCACUGUAUCAUGUGACAGCUGAGAAACAAUGUACGAAAGGACGCGUCCACAAGUUCAACGUAGCACUGAGAAGACUGUUUUGUACGGGUAUACACGAUGAUUAGGUGAUCGAAAACGUGUUUUAAAGUUAUCGAGCCUGAAAUUACUUGGCGUCAUUGCGCAAAAAUUCAUUUUACAAUUUCACUAUUAAUAAGAAGCUAACAAAAAAAUAGGUGCAAAACAAGUACUCAAAAACAAAAUAGAAAAUAGUAGUUUUGGCAAUUGAUUUAAGUUUUGAUGUUUGAAUAUAGAGAAGAUUUAGUAGCAGAAGAGAUGUUUCAAUCUCGGUCUUGAAAUAUUGUAUCUUUUUCCUUGAAUUUCUUCAUACGAGUGGAAAUAAAGUACUUAAUCAUA